UCCUCUGCAACUAUAAAUGCCCAACCUUCACCUUCAAACCAACCCACAUCAACAACAUUCCGAUUCAAUUCGCACUUACAAGUAUUUUCAGCUUGCUUUAAACACUUAGACAACAAAAAUGGCGUGCACUGCUGGGCAAGUCAUUCGAUGCAAAGCUGCGGUGGCAUGGGAAGCAGGGAAGCCGCUAGUGAUAGAGGAAGUGGAGGUCGCCCCGCCCCAGAAAAUGGAAGUCCGAAUCAAGAUUCUCUUCACUUCUCUUUGCCACACUGAUGUCUACUUCUGGGAAGCCAAGGGGCAAAAUCCUGUCUUUCCUCGUAUUCUAGGACACGAGGCCGCAGGGAUUGUGGAGAGUGUAGGAGAGGGAGUGACAGAACUUGCAGCAGGGGACCAUGUGCUACCUGUUUUCACUGGGGAAUGCAAAGAGUGUAGACACUGCAAAUCAGAGGAGAGCAAUAUGUGUGAUCUCCUCAGGAUCAACACUGACAGAGGGGUAAUGCUUCACGACCAGAAAUCAAGAUUUACAAUCAAAGGUCAACCAAUCUAUCACUUCGUUGGAACCUCCACCUUCAGCGAAUAUACUGUUUGUCAUGUUGGUUCUAUCGCCAAGAUCAACCCACAUGCACCUCUUGACAAAGUUUGUGUCCUCAGCUGUGGUAUCUCCACAGGUCUUGGUGCCACAUUGAAUGUUGCUAAACCAAAACAAGGCUCAACGGUGGCUGUCUUUGGAUUGGGAGCUGUUGGCCUUGCUGCUGCAGAAGGGGCAAGAAUGGCAGGUGCAUCAAGGAUCAUUGGUGUUGAUUUGGUUCCCAGCAGAUUUGAACUAGCCAAGAAAUUUGGUGUGACUGACUUUGUCAACCCAAAAGACCAUAGCAAACCAGUUCAAGAAGUGAUUGUUGAGAUGACUGAUGGAGGAGUGGACAGAAGCGUGGAGUGCACUGGGAACAUUAAUGCCAUGAUUUCAGCAUUCGAAUGUGUUCACGAUGGAUGGGGAGUGGCGGUGUUGGUGGGAGUGCCACACAAAGAGGCAGUGUUCAAGACUCACCCCAUGAACUUGCUUAACGAGAGGACUCUGAAGGGUACUUUCUUUGGCAACUACAAGCCCCGCACUGACCUCCCGGCUGUUGUGGAGAAAUACAUGAACAAGGAACUGGAAUUGGAGAAAUUCAUCACUCAUGAAGUGCCAUUUGCUGAGAUCAACAAGGCCUUUGAUCUGAUGCUCAAAGGGGAAGGCCUUCGCUGCAUCAUCACCAUGUAGACUCUUGUCUGUCAAAAAGAAGAUGCUUCUAUUUUGUGUUCAUUAUGUAGUCAUUCAUGUUUUCCCUUUCCCCCCAAAAAAGGUUGAGUUUUGUGUGAAUAUUACAAUCAUGUACUUUGUAUUAUGUUGUCAAAUUUCUUAAUACUGAAUUUUGUAUUGUGCACCUUAUUCGGUUCA